AGCUAUUGAAACGAGAACUUUCUGUGGCGACGCUAUCUUCCCAAAACUGCUCUGAUCAGUCGAGCACGCACGGAAUUUAUAUAUCUUUGUGGACCGCGCCGAACUGAAUCAAGUAACUACGCCUUGUUGUUUGAAAUCAAAGGACUAGAAAAGACUCGUACGUGGUUGUCUGAAACAUUGACACUUUUAAAAACUUUAAAGAAAAUGGCUCAGUUCAACAAGGGACCUGCUUACGGAUUAUCUGCAGAAGUCAAAAGCAAGAUUGCACAGAAAUAUGACCCGCAGAAGGAGGAGGAGCUUCGGUACUGGAUCGAGGAUGUGACGGGCAUGCCUAUUGGCGACAACUUCCAGAAGGGCCUGAAGGAUGGGGUCAUCCUCUGCGAACUAAUCAACAAACUGCAGCCUGGCUCAAUAAAGAAAAUCAACCACUCACAACUGAACUGGCACAAGCUGGAGAACCUGGGGAAUUUCAUCAAGGCCAUUCUGGCAUAUGGCUUGAAGCCCAAUGACAUCUUUGAAGCGAAUGACCUCUUUGAAAAUGGGAACAUGACUCAAGUCCAGACCACACUCCUUGCUUUGGCUAGUAUGGCAAAGACCAAAGGUUUGGACACCAAGGUCGACAUUGGCGUGAAGUACGCAGACAAGCAGGCGCGACAUUUUGAUGACGAGAAGAUGAAGGCUGGCCAAUGCGUUAUUGGGUUGCAGAUGGGGACAAACAAGUGUGCCAGUCAGGCUGGGAUGACUGCUUACGGGACCAGGAGACAUCUUUAUGACCCAAAGACACACACCGACAAGCCGUAUGACCAGACUACCAUUAGCCUUCAAAUGGGAACUAACAAGGGAGCCAGCCAGGCGGGAAUGGCAGCCCCAGGCACCAGAAGAGAUAUCUAUGACCAGAAGGUGGCGCUUCAGCCACUGGACUCCUCCACCAUCUCCCUGCAGAUGGGCACCAACAAGGUGGCAUCCCAGAAGGGCAUGAGCGUGUACGGUCUGGGCCGGCAGGUGUACGACCCCAAAUACUGCGCCACGCCCACGGAGCCCAUCAUCCACACCAACGGCAGCCAGGGCACAGGCACCAACGGCUCGGAGAUCAGCGACAGUGACUAUCAGGCCGAGUACCCGGAGGAGUACCAGGGCAGCUACCACAACGAAUACAGCGGGCAUUAUGACGACCAGGGAAUCGACUAUUAGGAUACGUAGCUGGUAGUCUGAGCAGUAUUAACAAGUACCUUCUAUCAACAGAGCAAGUCUUUUGCUAUCCUCGCUAGUCUUCCUUUUUUGUUUUUGUUUUGUUUUUUUUGUUUUUUUUACUGAUGCAUAAGAGAGAUAUUGCCUUACGUGCAUUCCUAUCAUCCAAACUGAGUGGCAGUGUUUUUAAUCAAUCAUAGUUCUCUGUAGAAAUGUAAUGAUAUUGAGUUCUGUUAUCUUAUGGUUAAAAAACAUUCCUUUUUAUCCUCCUUUUAUGAAGUACAGAGUAACUGUGAAGUACCAAUUCCCUUUGCGACAACUAUGCAGCAUCGGCUUUGUACACAAAUUUUUGCCUCCUUUUUAUUUACUUUUUUAGAAUAAAGCGAUUUGUCCCUUUUAAAGGAGAUCAAAACUCAUGCGCGUCAGUCCCAGGGCACAGUUUCCGCUGGAAUUCUUUAAAAGACAUGCCCCCUCCUCUCUUUGUGGAAAGAUCUUUAAGAAGUGUCUUAAAAUAAACAUUAUUUUUUGAAAUAUAUUGAAAAUGAGAUGACAAUGGUGAGAUCUGUUAGUUGAAUGAGGGAGAAUGUCGUACACCCUUAUGUGGCCUUCUCAUCUGUCCUUUCAUUUACCAUGAGAUCGCUGGAGUGUGUCCUCAGCCAUGCUGACGUGCAAGUACUCUAAGGGUUUGUUAGUCACGACCAACACAAGUCUCAGCUUAGGGCUUUUAUCGCAUUGUUUCCUUGUGCCAUAAUGUCCUCAUGUACGUAAAAAAUCCCCUCUCCCCCUGUAUUUAUUGCCAUGUCUCUCAAUAUAAACUGUUCCUCUGUUGUAUGGUUCUUUUUAUGAAUAAAAUGUAUGUUAUAAAUAAAGCCUUUAAUUC